GGUGUCAAUCGACUCCUCUUGACGAGCACUAUCACUCCGUGUCAUCAGCGGUCCUGUUCUGAAACUUCGGUCAAGGCGGGAUCCUAUCCAUGGGAAUCCUCCCGACCCAGCCCACCUCGUGCUCAACUGUCUGACACGUGACGAAUGGACAAUGUGCAUCGGCAUUCGGCAGCCUUGUCGGACACAAAUUCAUGGCGGGCGGCGAAGCGGGCUGGUGUCCAGCUUAAGGUGGGGGCACAACGCAAGUGCGAGUGCGGCGACUGCCCCACGUGCAAGGCCCGGGACAGCAAGAGCCGGCAGCGGGCGGCGAAGCGGGCGGCGGCGCAGCAGCCCAACAAGAAGCGCGGCGCGCCCUCUGCGGCUGCCUCCCGGUCUAAGAAGCGGCGCAGUAGCUAAGGUAUGUCGGAAUGUCACAUGUCGACGUGUCGCAACUUGACCGUGUCAAACAAUGUGCACACAGCCAUACCCGAAUCAAAACUCUGAAAGCGGAUUCUCAAUGCUCCUGUCAAGCUCUUUCCAUUUAGGACAUGGGGCCUGUUCCAGGCUGCCCCCUGGCGUAGCCACCCCCCUCAAAACGCUAAAAACUAGGCAUGUUUGAGCGCCUGGAUGCUGUGGGCGAGAACGUGGUUAGGGCCCUUCUUUCCAGCAGCGGUGGCCCCUGGAAGACGCAAGCCCUGUGCAGCGGCGUGCCCUGUGGUCGGACUAACGCUUUUCAGUUGAUGUCGAGCUGGACAAGAUAUGUGGCUGCACCCACGCCACGCCUCUAGUCUGAGGCCGCAAGCGUCUACCUCAUCUCCCGGACAUCGCCGGGGUCGGUUCGUACAGGCACGGCCCGCCAUGCGCCCAGCCACGUCCUGCUGCCAAGCGAAAGCACAGCUACUUUUAGCCGACGCAGGCACGGAGGCACGUAGGCAGGCACGGACAGGGGCGAUCCUACAGGCUUUGCAAGCUUGAGGGGGGCUGUAGCUCAGCUUUGGUAGAACGCCUCAUUCACGUGGGGCUGUGCGAAUGGCGAGGCGGAGUUAAGGUGCGGCGUGCCGAGCGUGCGUGUGGUGCUGUGACGGCUGCGAGCUGGAACGGAAGAAAAGGCUUUCUGACUUUUAGUCGACGUAAGGGCUUUCUGAAUGCGCCUGCGUUCCUCAAAGCGCCAGCGCCCAGCCCAGAGCUCAGGCCAGCUCGGGGCAGGAAAGGCAGGGCGGGGGCCAAAUUGUAAAGCGUGCUGCGU